CCAUACAACAGCCAUACAACAGCCAUACAACAGCCAUACAACAGCAUUUGUGCCAGAGAGAGAUGAACUUUAAGAUGACUUCCUCGAAGCCUAAGAAGAUUUCAAGAGGAUUGGCAAAACAGCUCAAGAAAGACACUAGUCUAUACUAUCAAACGGCCACUAGAUGAGGACUUGGAAUGUUAACACCUACACUGAAUUCCAAAAGCUGUCACCUAGCAGCCAAGAGUACGCCUAGUCAAUGUUGAAAGCCAUUAUAAAGGACUGCCUCAUCGUCGGUCAAGCUUUUAAUGCUACUAUUGCAGAGCGAAAUGAUGCUAUUCUACAGCUCUAAGAAGAAAUUCAAGACAAGGAUGAAAAAGCCUCAUUCACCAUCCGUCCACCGUCCACCGUCCACAGUCCACCGUCCACCAUCCACCCUCUUACCUCCCUCAACCGUCAAGACCCAAGACUCCAGCGUCAAGAGUUGCAUCUCCCUCCCUCCUCCAUCCUGCAUCCUCCUAAUGCACACUCUGACGACAAGGCAGCUACUAGUAUAGCUUCAUUGGCGUACGAUUGCUGCAGUACCACUACUGCACUGUUACAACGCCAUCACAACGCACCAUACAUACAUUCCACAUUCCAAUACCGACCUAACUCCAUAUUUCUGCCUGUUCUCCCUCCCUGCUACCCUGCCACUCACAGCUUCUUUUUAAGAGCCGAAGUCGCCCACGCCGAGUGACACUUCCUUUCACCCCGUCUUUCGGUGUACUCGUAGCUAAGACAUAUAUCUCACCGUCUUCUUCUUCUUCGCUCUUCUCUCACUAUACUCUCUCUGUGCCUUGUUUUACUCUCUGACCUCACCUGUCACCACCGCCUUUUUCGCCAACCACGACUAACGACUUACGAAGCUCACUGAGACAUUUAUAAUUCUAUACAAGAGGUCUGCCAAACUCCGAAUCCGCAAACCAAGCAUCGUGAGACGGUGUGUGUCCUUGAUAUACACUUCCAAUCCACGACAAAGUGGACGCCCCCAACCACCUCGACUCGACUCUGCUAUAGGACAAGAGAUGGAUAACCAACCAUUGGACAAGGAGGUCAUGGCUCCCGGCGAUAACACGCCGGUGACAUCCGAGAGCAGCAGCCCUGCACAAAAGGAGACCAAGACAAGGCAGGGCUCGGCCGCUACCAGAAAGACUUCCAACUCCAAGAAGUCGAAGCUGAAGGCCAAGGACUGUGGCAAAUCGGCCAAGAAGUCAAAGUCGAAGAAGGCAAAGGAGGUCGACAGCAGCAGCGAUGAUUCUUCAGACGAUUCAAGUGACAGCAGCGACGACGAUUCGAGUGAUAGCUCAUCGUCAAGCUCCUCCGACUCCUCCGACACAGAGACGGAAACCAAGAAGCAGAAGGCGAAGCGCAAGCUGAGGGAGAAGAAAAAGAGCAAGCAAAAGGCGAAGGACAAGAAGAAGGCUAAAUCAAAGAAGAAGGCGCAAAAAGAUGAUUCCUCAGAUUUCGAUUCCGAUAGUGACAGCAGCGAAGAAGCAUCCGACAGCCUUGAAGAAGACGUAUCCGAUGACUCGGAUAUAAAUACCCAGCUAUUGCAACUGCAACUUCUUCAACAGCAAUUGGGACAGCCUAUUCACCCGACCUAUUACCCUCCUGCGGGUGGAAGGGGCCUAAAUCGUGGCCUCCGAGGUGGCCGCGCCGCGCGUGGUUUGGCGGCCAGGAUCCAGGCGCAGCAGAACGCCAAGCUUGGCCUGGAUGCAUUGGGCCAGAAGCUGAAGAAAGACAAGAAGCAGGCGAAGUCGAAGAAGCGAGGCUCCAGGCUGGAGUUCAAGAGGGUGGACCAGUUGUGGGAUAGCACAAUCCACAACUACAAGCUCACAGAUACGGCUGAAGAUGAGGAGUCUGCCGAGUACGACCAGUACUUGUUCAAUGUCAGGCGAACUUUUGACUGGGAGGGAAAGUACAAGACCACCCUGAUUGACAUCAAGAGUAAGCUAUUGAAGGAAGCCUUGAACGGCAUCAUGGAUGGAGUGAAGGGAGUAAGCUUGGUUGAGGAGGCUCCGGCAAUCGAUCCGAACCUCCUCUUCCUUUACCUCGAGGACCUUCGUACGCUUAUGAAAGACCUCAAGGGAAAGCGCAAAGGCGAAGUAAAGAUGAAAAAGAAGGAGAUCAAGAAGAAUGAUGAGAAGAUCAAGCAUCUCAAGGUCCUCCUGAAGUAUCUGGACAAGGACUAUGCGGAAACCAAAAAGACCCUCUACCCGAUGUUGGAAUCCGGUCUUAUCACCUUCGACUACCUCUGGGCUCUGUACAAGCCGAAUACCCUUGCUUACACCACCACCUAUGGGACGCUGGAUGAGCCACGAGCCUUCAAGAUCGAAUAUGCCGAGAAGGAAUGCAGUUUCAUGAAAGGGGAGUGGUACAGCAUUGAGGGCAAGUAUCUCGAGUAUGACGGCAAGGCCUGGGGAAUGGGCACGAUGGACUGUGAUGUCCCAGCAUUCAAGGGUGCACGUAAGAUCACUAGUCUUGCCUGCUAUCCCCUCAGGUAUCACAAGGACGAGGAGAAAGUGCGCAAGGAGCUUAUUGAGCGCGGCAAGAAGUUCGUCUCGUUGCAGGGUGUCCAUUACAAGAGUCACGAAGGCCUCGCGUAUUACAAGAAGAAGCGACAGGUCAUCAAGGUCAAUAUCAAUGGCCGAAUUAUGAUUGACCCGGCAAUUCAUCGACGCAUUAACCCCAAUUAUCAGGUCAGCACUGUCAAGCCGGAGGACCCCAACGAACUUGAGGAUUCUUCGGACGAAGGGGAUUCGGACUGCGGAUGCGAGUGCGACGACUCUGAUGACGAGAACAAGAAAGCCGGGAUGGAUGAUGUCGAUGAGCCGAAGAUGAAGAUCAAGGUUGUUAUGGACGACAAGAAAAAGAUCCAUGUCGUCCAGGUUGCGGUGGAUGCCGACGGCCAAGAAAUCAAGCCUGAGAACCUCGAGGCAGUAGCUGAGCAAGGCCAGGACUCCGAGGACAAGACGGACGGGAAGAAGCUCAUCCCCGUCUUCACUGAGGAGGAAUACCUCAUCGCCUCGCCUGUUGUGCUCGGCUUUGCUUUCAGUGAGAAGUUGUGGCUCGAAUUCACCGUCUCGGGCACCAAAGAGAUUGCCUGGAACGACGGCGCAUACGAGUCCCUCGUCCUCGAGAACAACGCCAAGGACAUCGUCAAGGCUCUCGUUGAGUCCCACAAGUAUCACCCGACUGAGAGCAUCGACGACGUCAUCCAAGGAAAGGGUAAGGGCCUUGUGGCGGUGUUGCAUGGCCCACCUGGAACAGGUAAAACCCUUACAGCUGAGGGUAUCGCCGAGCUUCUCAAGUGCCCACUCUAUAUGGUCUCAGCUGGCGAGCUGGGUACUGACCCGCGCACCCUCGAGGCAGAACUUCAGAAGAUCCUCGAUAUCAGCAUGACGUGGGGCUGCGUGCUGCUGCUCGAUGAGGCGGACGUUUUCCUCGAGAAGCGAACUAUCCAGGAUAUCCAUCGCAACGCGCUCGUGAGCAUCUUCCUCCGCCUGCUCGAGUACUUCCAGGGCAUCCUUUUCCUGACCACCAACCGCGUCGAGACCUUCGACGACGCCUUCCAAUCGCGUAUUCACAUCGCCCUCCGCUACAGCGAGCUUUCCACCAAAGCCAAAAAGGCCGUCUUCCAGAUGUUCCUCGAGAAAGUGCGCGUCCUCGAAGGCACGGACACGCUGCCCUUCAGCGAGGCAGACUUCAACGACCUCGCCAAGCAUAACCUCAACGGACGGCAGAUCAAGAACACGGUUCGCACAGCGCAGGCCCUCGCUGUGAACCAGAAGGAGCCGCUCAGCAUGGUGCAUAUCCGCCGUGUGCUGGAUGUUGCGCUCGCUUUUGAGAGGGACCUCAAGGGGGGAACUGGGUAUGAGGACGCGAUGAGGAAUUAUUAUUAGAGCAGAGUGGGGGUUAUAUGACCUAAGUCUACUACUGGUGGUAGAGAAAGGGGCCAGGAGGAGGAAACAGGGAGAUACACAGCGGUUUUUGCUUGUAUACAUUUUUUUCUUUCCUUUUUCCUCGUCCUUCCUGCAUCUUGCGGUUCUUUCUCUGCUUUUUUGCGUCUUUUAUGACAGGGUUGUUGUUUAUGAGGGCUAUGUAUGAAUGAUAUCAUGAGACAGACGGACUGCGGGGUUAGAGGAUAGAUAGGGGCGCUGAGACGUUAUAUGGGAAUUCUAUGGAGUCGGGAAGAUGGGGUAACUAGUACGAGCAUGGAUAGCGAGGUUGAGGGAUGGGUGAUAAUUAGUAACGGCAUAGUCUGGUUCUGGU